UACUCCUAGAACACGCUCACUGACAUCUUACCGGUCCACCGGCCGAACCCAACCGCAAAAGUUGGCACCGCGGCACCGGCACCGGCACCGCCCGCGAGAACGCAACCGCCGGCGCCGCGACCCUGCCUCCGGCCUUCGGCCGCCUCGCCAGCGACGACCACGGACGGCCGCGUCACAUGACAAGACAGAACAUAUCGAAGUCGCUCGCCGUCCUCCUCCGCGCCCGCAUGCAGCCCAACCCCAUCCCCUCCCCGCCGCCGCCGCCGCCCACGGACCCCGACCCCGCCGCCCCGCCCGUGGCUCUCGUCCGCCACUGGCUCCACGCGUCUGCCUCCGCCGCCUCCCCGGCCCCCGCGGCGCUCGACAGCUUCUCCGAUGGGUACCGCUCCCUCGACCUCGUCGGGCGCCGCGAGGUCCUCCGUUCCCUCGCCAUCGACUACGAUGUGCCCCGCGCGCGUGUCCGGGACCUCUUGAGACAGUACAUGAGCGUCGCCUCCGCCGAGCCGUCAGGCGGGGAUGACGUGGAGGCGGAGGGGAAGGAGGGCGCCGCGUCGGCGCUGUACCGGAUGGAGCGGGGGCUCCGGGACGCACUCCGGCCCCGGUACGCCGGGUUCCUCGAGGCCAUGAACGCGCAGCCAGGCGGGCUCAAGCUCCUCGCCGUGCUCCGCGCCGAUCUCCUCGCCUUGCUGGGGGAGGAGAACGCUCCAGCGCUGCGGGCUCUGGACUUGUACUUGAAGGAGAAGCUGGUGACUUGGCUUAGUCCUGCGGCACUGACGCUCCACCAGAUUACCUGGGAUGAUCCUGCCUCCUUGCUAGAGAAGAUUGUGGCAUAUGAAGCUGUGCAUCCAAUCAGGAAUCUGAUAGACUUGAAGAGAAGAUUGGGCAUUGGCCGCCGAUGCUUUGGGUACUUCCAUCCAGCAAUACCAGGGGAGCCCCUGAUUUUCAUUGAAGUUGCUUUACUUAAAGAUAUGGCCGCAUCUAUACAGGAGGUCUUGUGGGAUGACCCCCCGACUCCUGAAUCUGAAGCCAGCUGUGCACUAUUUUACUCAAUAUCGUCAACCCAGCCUGGUUUAUCAGGUAUUAAUCUAGGGAAGUUUCUUCUCAAGCGUGUGAUUGACAUGUUGAGAAGAGAUAUGCCAUCAGUACAGAUUUUUGCAACACUUAGUCCAAUCCCUGGUUUCAUGCAAUGGCUUCUUGCUAAGCUGGCCUCCCAAAUAAAGUUAUCAGAGGCAGAAUCACAGGAGGGGAAUUCACUAGGAGCUUGUUCUACUUUCAAAGAAUCCAUCCUUCUUCCUGACGAAGAGAGAAUGAUUCAUGAUGCCACCGAACAAGCUGAUGGAAAGCAAGGGAUUGAACUAUUGCAAGAUAUACUGAAAUCAAGACAGUGGGUAAAGUCUGACAAAUUAUCUGCUGCAUUAAAACGGCCUCUUAUGCGUUUAUGUGCAAGGUAUCUUGCCAGAGAGAAGAAGCGAGGAAAAGCUCUAGAUGCUGUUGCAAAUUUUCACUUGCAAAAUGGAGCAAUGAUUGAAAGAAUAAAUUGGAUGGCCGACCAAUCAGAGAAGGGCAUUCAUCAAAGUGGAGGUAUCAUGGUCAAUUAUCUUUACAGGUUAGAGAACAUAGAAGAGUAUGCACUAUCAUAUUCGAGUACAGGGUUCAUCCAUUCUUCACCUAGCCUGUCUGAGUAUCUCGAGCAGCUGAAGGAUUUAUGAGACAAAACAUUUCUGGAACGAACUUUGCUUCCUGAGGUGUUGUAUCUGUCAUUGGAUACUUUGAACCAAGAUGAUUUACAUUGAUAGGAUAUGGCAGCUCUUCCCCCUGUUCGUUGUGAACAUGAGGGUUCAUAAAAUUAUACUGCAAAAGUAGGUCUUAUAGCUUCUGGCAUAUGUUUCUGAGUUGGUCCUCGUGUAGUUUGUAGAAGGGUGAGAAAUUGAGGGCUCUAACUUGGUCUUUGUGAUUUCUUUUUUCCUCGGGAACAUGUAGCUGAAAAAAAGCAGAAAAAUACUGCAAGCUUAUUCAUACCAAUUAAUGUGCGUUGAACUGGAUUGGGGUGGAGAUUAACCUCAAUACAUGUGGAUUAUGAUAGAUUUGACUAUAUUCAAACAAAGCCUGCACAUAUGUGUA